UGGAGGUUGAAUAAUCAAUUUUCUAAAUUUUUGCGGUGUCUCAGGACACCCUUAAAAGACACCGGGAUCCACCCUGCCCGUGGCAUGGAUUUGAUUGCUAUUCCUAAUCCUAAAGUCUAAACAAAUCGUUAAAAAAUAACUAUUUGACUCCACUUGCCGAAAACGGGCUGGGUAUCAGGAAAAAGGGGCUAGCCGCACAGGCCCAGUUAUCGGAUUGAGAGCAGGACUAAACGCGUCUUCCCCAUUCUUCCCUGCUCAGCUCACGCAGUCUCCCGCCCUCCUUUUCCUUGUCCUUUUCGAGUUCGGAAGCAGCAAUCGUAAAAGACACAAACUUGGCCUUUUCUAUUUCUUCUGGACAAUGGGCAGCUGAACUCUACGUGGGUUAUUCGGACGCAGGUUCGAGCGCGACAAUGUUCUUCCACAUCGUAUUGGAGAGGAACAUGCAGUUGCACCCUCGCUACUUCGGUCGCAACCUUCGCGAUAAUCUCGUAUCCAAGCUCAUGAAAGACGUUGAGGGAACUUGCAGUGGUAAACAUGGGUUCGUGGUAGCAAUAACAGGCAUAGAAAACGUUGGAAAAGGGUUGAUCAGAGAUGGUACAGGUUUCGUGACUUUUCCUGUAAAGUACCAGUGUGUUGUGUUCAGACCAUUUAAGGGCGAGAUCUUAGAAGCUGUUGUAACCAUGGUAAACAAGAUGGGAUUUUUCGCUGAAGCUGGUCCAGUGCAGAUCUUUGUUUCAAACCAUUUGAUAUCUGAUGACAUGGAGUUUCAGUCUGGAGAUAUGCCAAACUAUACAACUUUUGAUGGAUCGAUUAAGAUUCAAAAGGAUAGUGAAGUGCGUUUAAAGAUUAUCGGGACACGUGUUGAUGCUACAGAAAUCUUCUGCAUUGGUACGAUAAAGGAUGACUUCUUGGGCGUGAUCAACGAUCCUACGGCCUGAUAGGGAAAGCUGGGGCGUGGUAGUUGUAGAUCUGAGCUUUGUUUCUUAUAGUUGUAUGAGCACCAGGCUUCUGAUGCAGACCAUCGAGCAUGGUGGCACCGGCCUGUACUUCUUGUCUUGAGCAAGCUCUGUAUAAAUCGUGGGAAAGUAGUUCUAUGUGCUUGCAGGGAAUGAACUGUAUCUGUGUUGUCCAUGUUGGAUGGUUCUUGAGAGUUAUUUUAAGGUCCAAGAUUUUCGACUGGGGUCGAGUUUUUGGCUUUACCUAUGUAUUAGUUUGAGCUGCAUAAUUGUUGCAGUAGCUUGUAGCGGAAGUUGGAUCAUUGAGGUUAGGGGUUGUUUGUCGAUGUGUACACUUACACUCUGUUUCUGAAGGGAGGGAGGAAAAUGGAGAGAAAGGAAAGUUUGGAGGGGAGGGAAAUGGAGGGAAAGGAAAAUUAGAGGAGAGGAAAAUGUUGUUUUAUGGAGGAAAGUGAAAGGAAAAGUGGGAGAGAAGAUAUGUAGUGGGAAGUGUGAUAGAUAUGUUAUUUUAUUGGUUAUAUAAUAGUAAAUAAUUAAAUUAUGU